CACGACUGCUAACUUCUAAGACGAGGACGGUUGAAGGCACUGAAGCGUUCAGGAUCUCCAUAACUCUGCUGAAUCGGUUUUCAUGACUUUGAGGUUUUUGAAGGCACUCUUCAAAUGCCAGCGUAACCUCCUAGUCCUCAAUUUCUCGACAUCUACAUCUCACCGACUCGACAGCAAGGCUUUCUCAAAGACCCUUCUCCUUCCAAAGACAACUUUUCCUUUAUGGUCUGAUCCCACAAAAGUUGAGAAACCAUUACGAACGCAAAUUUGCGACGAUCUGUAUCGGUGGCAGUACAGUAAUGCAAAAGGACAUUUAUUCGUGUUUCAUGAUGGACCACCGUAUGCAAAUGGAGAUUUACACAUGGGGCACGCGUUAAACAAGAUACUGAAGGAUGUUAUCAAUCGUUUUCACGUUCUUCAGGGACGGAAAGUCCACUACGUACCAGGAUGGGACUGCCAUGGGUUACCUAUUGAAAACAAAUCUCUACAAGAACUCGGGAAAGACUCGAUUAAUGCUUCACCCAACACGAUUCGGAAGGCCGCAUAUAAUACUGCAACUCGAGAAAUUGCGUCUCAGAAAGCGCAGUUUCGGGAACUUGGUAUAAUGGCUGAUUGGAAUUCGGAUUCUUCGACCUAUAGGACUUUGGAUCACCGUUAUGAAACGAGACAACUGAAAAUCUUCAAAAACAUGGUCGACAAAGGCCUUAUAUAUCGACAUUACAGACCAGUCCAUUACUCUCCCUCCUCUCGAUCAGCACUGGCCGAAGCAGAGCUUGUCUAUAAAGACGACCAUGUAUCACAUUCGGUUUAUGUGACAUUCCAAUUAGACAAGCCUACUCUGGCACAACAUAAUAUACAAGGCCUCGAAGACUCGCGACUCCUCGUUUGGACGACAACACCUUGGACGUUGACGGCUAAUAUGGGCAUUGCUGUAAAUCCUGACUUGACAUACGCUGUCGUCCAAACUCUCGAUAAAUCACAAAGAUUCAUAGUCGCCAAAGAUCGAAUAGAGUCCUUGAGUGAUAUUAUUGGCCCCACAGAACUUGUUGGAGAAAUCUCAGGAUCUGACAUGGUCGGAGUUGCGUACACCCCACUCUUUACCUCCCUCAAUCCAUCUCAAGGUCCUCUCAAAAUCAUCCCAGCAAAUCACGUCACACCCGACUCCGGAACUGGCCUCGUGCAUUGUGCACCGGCCCAUGGAGCAGAGGACUAUCACGCAUUCCGGUCUUUGGGAUUAAUACCCAAUGCCAGUUCUAUCCAAUGCCAUGUCGACGGAACUGGUGCUUUCAACGCGGAAGUAGCAAAAGUCGUUGGAGAUCCCGCAUCGAGAACGUUGAUUGGACAGCCGGUGUUGGAUGGGGGCUCUAAAGCUGUUGUAGAACUCUUAAAGCAGACGGGGGUUCUGAUUAAAAUUCAGAGAUUUAAGCAUCGGUAUCCGUAUGAUUGGAAGACGGAUAAACCGAUCAUAGUCACAGCAACUUCGCAAUGGUUCGCGAAUCUAGAUGGGAUAAAAGAAAAAGCACUAGCGGCACUUGAACAUGUUCAGUUCUUCCCGCCUGUUUCUCGAAACCGCCUCGAAUCGUUCGUCCGCUCCCGAUCCGAAUGGUGUAUAUCCAGACAACGCGUUUGGGGUGUUCCCAUCCCAGCUCUAUACCACAUCCCAACCGACAAACCAGUUCUUGACGCUACAUCUUUGGACCAUAUCCUCUCUGUUUUAGAGGCUAGAGGUAUCAACUACUGGUGGGAUGGACCCGUCGAAGAUUUUGUGCCUCCGUCUCUCAAGGGAGAAAGUACGCCGGAGGAGGUGAAAGAAAUCUGGAGAAAGGGAACGGACACGAUGGAUGUAUGGUUUGAUUCUGGAAGUUCAUGGUCUAUGCUUCCUGAGAUGGGUGUUGGAAAAGGCAGUGGCCGGGGUUACGAAGCCGAUGUGUGCUUAGAAGGAUCUGAUCAGCACCGCGGGUGGUUCCAGUCUCAACUGCUUACUUAUGUUUCUGUUACAACGGAUGCCGGUGAUGUUUCCCCUCCUGCUAGUGUUGGUGCAUCUGCACCGUAUGGAGCUUUGAUCACUCAUGGAAUGGUCUUGGACGAAUCGGGAAAGAAAAUGAGCAAAUCGCUGGGCAAUAUUGUUAGUCCGCUUACGGUUGUUCAUGGCGGGAAGAACAAGAAAAAAGAACCCGCAUACGGUGCCGACAUUCUCCGUCUCUGGGCAGCAACCGUUGAGUACUGGCAAGACAUGUCCAUUGGACCUACAGUACUUGCGCAAACUGCAGAGUCUAUGAGAAAGAUACGGAACUCUGCAAGGUUUAUUUUGGGUAAUAUCGGUACUGCGGGUGUAGAGAGGGUUGCGAGGGAUGAUCUGGGAUUGGCAGAGCGAUGGAUCAUGCAUGAACUUUAUACCCUCGAGCGGACUGCGUUUGAAGGGUAUGUGACUUACAAUUUCCCUAAAGUAAUGACCGCUCUCAUCCAUUUCUGCAACGUCACACUGUCUUCACUCUAUUUCGACAUCACGAAGGAUUGUUUAUACGCCAACGCGCCGGGUAGUAUUGAACGGAGGAGGGUUACUACGGUUCUAGAAAAGAUCUUAGAUACUGUCUCGACUAUUGUAGCACCUGUUCUACCACACCUCGCAGAAGAGAUCAAUCAGGCUUACUACCGUGUGGAGCCUUCUAUAUUCGCAAGGAGGUGGACACCGCUGGCAUCUGAGUGGGAAGAUCACACGGCCUACGAGGAGAUGAAGACGUUACUUCAUAUUCGAAAAUCAGUGUUGGGGUUGUUAGAAAAAGCGCGUGGUGCCAAGCAACUGAAAAGUUCACUCGAAGCGGAAGUAGAUAUCAUCAUACCAGAAGGCCUACGAAAUAACCAAAUGCUUGACUUGUUACGACGAGAAGAGGACUUUUUGAAAACGUUAUUUAUCGUCUCCGACGCUUCGCUUACCGAUGAGGGGUCAAUGGGGAAUGUAAGUAGUAACGGGUUAGAAUGGGUUUAUUCCACUUCUUUAGAAUUACCUGGCUUAGAGGAAGACAUAGGAAUCCGAGUUCGGCCAGCUAGUCUUUCCAAGUGUCCUCGGUGUUGGACGUUUACUCGGGAGGCAGAUAAAGAUCUUUGUCCGCGCUGCGAGUCAGUGCUCGGACCCUAAAAUGUGUUAAUGCAACUAUUAAUUAUUUGCAUAUCUUAUAAUCACCACCUUUGCUCGGAAUCUUCUCAAUUUCAAAGUGAACGAAAAGGUUG